UUGGGAGUCUACGUCACUUCUCAACCGUCACCAACCGUCACGACGUCUCUACGUCACUUCUCAACCGUCACGACGUCCGGAACCAAAGCCAAUAUAAGUAUAAGUCCGGAACAUUGCGAGCACCUCAGCUCCUGCGUCCCGCAAACAACAUGGCCCCAUCAACCGGCACGGUGCAGAACUGCCGCGGCGGUCCUCCCUCCGUCGAGGUUAAGUGCUCGUGCGAAUCCAGACGGGUGAGGGACAUCUUCUUCGUCCUCGGAGUUCUCCCCUGCCCGAAGCAUAUGACAACAGCUGCCAUUGUCAGGACUAUCCCCAUCGUCAGGCAGAUGCUCCUUGACCUAUUUGAAAUGUUCGAAAUGGAUCUGAUGUGUUGUGAGGUGUCUGUGUGUAAGGAGUUCCGGGUUCCGUCCUACUCCCAACCCGAAGGCUGUUGGGUCAUCUCUGUGAAGGGUCAUGAAGGUUCUGACUUCCAGGACACUGAAGGUGCGGUCAGGAAGCUUGUGUCCCACUUCAGGGGGACCAAGUCAACGAUGUUAAACAGUGGAGUCUUCACUGUGCGUGUCAUUGUCAGUCAUCAAUUCUGUUGAUGCAUACUUGCAUCUGCAAGCUAAUGCAGUGCACCGUCUUGCACCUUAUCAUGACUAAUUGACAGAGCUGCCCACCGCUGCAUGGCUGCAUGGGCUGCUUCAUUCCUCCUUUGGUUACCACAAAGACAGUGUCACGUUUUAGCCCUGUUUUAUUUGUGUAUUUUUAACCUGCAAACCUGUAUGUAAAUUAUCAUCAUGUCAUUCCAUUGAUCAUUUAUGUGUUACUGUAUGUGCAAUAGUUGUUCAGGACAAUAGCUUCAAAAGCAGCCUAGAACAUAUCGUUAUGUGAUAUAUAUUAAAACAACAUUUUUGAGUGUUCUUGUCAUGUGUCAGUAUGUUUUGAUGUUGGAUCCAUCCACGGGUAGAAUGUCAAAAUGUGGCACUGGAUGUGUGGAGGCGGGGCCUCAUUAUAAGAUCUGCUGGCAGUGUAAAACAAGGGGAAACAACUUAAAAAAAAUUG